CUUUUGUCUCUCUUAUAAUAUUUCGCAUUUUCUUUUUUUCCCACUAGAACCAUGGUUUUUCUUCAUGAGAUAUUGGACUUCAUAGUUCCCUCUCUAUGCCUAAUCUUGUUACUCUGUAUUUUACCACCUUAUCUGUUAUUCAAGAUUGUCAACUUCGUCAUAAGAACAAUGUUUAGUGAGAACGUGGCAGGAAAAGUAAUACUGAUCACUGGUGCCUCCUCUGGCAUAGGCGAGCAUAUGGCAUAUGAGUAUGGAAAGAGAGGAGCACGCCUAGCACUUGUUGCCAGAAGAGAGAAUCGACUGAAUGAGGUUGCUAGCAAAGCCAAAUUCUUUGGGUCCCCUGAUGUGAUUACCAUCCCUGCAGAUGUUUCAUGUGUUCAAGAUUGCAAACGAUUCGUUGACUUAACAGUCAACCAUUUUGGACAAUUGGACCAUUUGGUAAACAAUGCAGGAAUAGUUCCUCUCUGCUUGUUUGAAGAUACUACUGAUAUCACUAAUUUUGUACCCGCUAUGGACAUUAACUUCUGGGGUUCUGCGUACGGCACAUAUUUUUCAAUCCCUCACCUUAAAAAAUUCAAAGGUAAGAUCGUAGCCAUAGCUUCCUCUGCUGGAUGGUUGCCUGCGCCAAGAAUGAUGUUCUACAAUGCAAGCAAAGCAGCAAUGAUUACCUUAUAUGAGAGUCUAAGAACUGAAUUGGGAAGAGACAUAGGAAUAACUAUAGUCACUCCAGGGUUGAUUGAGUCAGAAAUGACCCAAGGGAAGUUCCUAUCUAAGGAAGGCCGAAUGGUUCUUGACCAAGAAAUGAGAGAUGUUCAAAUUAGUAUGGUGCCCAUAAGAUCAGUCACAGAAGCUGCCAAAGCAAUUGUGAACAGCGCUUGCCGUGGAGAUUUGUACCUGACAGAACCAGCAUGGAUCAGGACUACCUUCUACUGGAAGAUGUUUUGCCCUGAAGUAUUGGAGAUUUUAAACCGCUGGCUGCUACUAUCUGGGUCUUCGGAGAGGGAAACAAUUAGCAAGAAGCUCAUUAAUCUAUCAGGCUUAAAGAAAUAUUUGUAUCCUGAGUCAAUUAGAAAUCCCAAACUCAAGCCUAACUAACGUCCAAUUGUAUAUCUUUGAAAUCUAGGUCAUGCCUUUGAAAUAUCAUCUGGUGCCACUAUUACCCCCCAAAAAAGGAAGAAAAACAUGUAAUGUAAAGCAUGCAAUGUUUCUUCUGAUUCAUAAACAUAGUAGUCCUAAAAAUGAUAUUGUAAAACUUGUAAUGUAAAGCAUGAAGUGUUUCUCCUAUUCAUAAACAUGGUAGUCCUAAAAAAGAUACUGUGUGCUUUUUUUGCAAUGGUAUUAAUUCGGAUCCAGGAUGUCCAAAGCAUUGCCAUGGUGAGCAGUAGUAGUUGUACAAGUAAUACUGGCUAGGACGAAAUAUCCAAACUGAUUAUGUAUUUGCACUACUAUUAUAUGGAAAGAUGCAAACUAUUACUCCUAAUCAGUGUUAUGUCAAACUAUUGUUUAACAAA